AGGUCUCUUCCACGUCCAUCAAGAAAACAUCCAAAAUCCCUAAACCCUCUUCCUUCCUUGCCUAUUUAAACAAACCCCUCUUCCCUGACCUCCCCACCAUCUUCUUUCUUCAACAUUUCGAUCCUCUCUGCUCUCUGCUCUCUACCUACAUACCUUACAAGCUAAAGUUUUCUCCAUUGCCGGCCAUAACUGUCUUCUCUUGUCGUCAAGCUUUUCCUUGACUCGGGACAGAAAAACAAUCAGGAGAUCACAAGAACAAGGUUCUUUAGAUAUUAGCCAGCUGAAGAACUCGAAGGCACUAACUGAGACAGCAUAUAAGUUGAUUUUUCCGGUAAACAGAUAUGUUUAAGAGAAAUUUUGCAAAGCUUAACCAGGCCAUGGGAUUUCAAAGAUCUUCCAACAGGCAAAAGGUGCAGCCUGGUAUUAGUGAUCUCUCUUCAAAUGAGAGAGCACCAAAUUCAUGUCAUCCUGUAAUCAAUGGAGCUGUUUCUGAUGAUGCGAAUUACAGUUCAUGGAUGGUGGACCAUCCUUCUGCAUUGACCUCAUUUGAUCAGAUGAUGAAAGAUGCAAAGGGGAAGAAGAUCGUCGUGUUUUUAGACUACGAUGGGACUCUCUCGCCGAUUGUAAAUGAUCCUGAUCUUGCUUUCAUGUCUGAUGAGAUGCGUGCAGCAGUUCGUGAAGUUGCGAAAUACUUUCCAACAGCUAUAAUCAGUGGUAGAAGCAGAGAUAAGGUGAAAGGAUUUGUUCAGUUGAAUAACAUAUAUUAUGCUGGAAGCCAUGGGAUGGACAUUAUGGCACCACCUAGGCCUGUUAGGUCUAGUGAGGGGAAAUAUCAUACUGUAUCCCUUGACAGAAAGGGCAAUGAAGCUGUCUUUCAACCUGCUCAGAAAUUCUUACCUUCAAUUCAAAAGAUUCUGAAAGAACUGGAAGAGGCAAUUAUGAAAAUACAAGGUGCCAGGGUAGAAAACAACAGAUUUUGUGUCUCUGUACAUUUUCGACAAGUUAGAGAUGAGGAUUAUGGGAUCUUAGAGGAGAAGGUGAAGUCUAUUCUGAAACACUAUCCAGACUUUCGUUUGGGUUGGGGUAAGAAGGUUAUGGAAAUACGACCAUCAAUAGAAUGGGACAAAGGCAACGCCCUAGAAUAUUUGCUCGAUACUCUAGGGUUAGGCAACUGCACCGAUGUUCUCCCGGUUUAUAUCGGAGAUGACCGGACAGAUGAAGAUGCUUUCAAGGUGAUUCAAAAGAGAGGCCAAGGGUAUCCAAUCGUGGUAGCAUCCAGUCCGAAGGAUACGAAAGCUUCCUACUCCCUCCAUGACCCGUCGGAAGUCUUGACUUUCUUGCGGCGUCUAGCAAGGUGGAGGAAGGCCUCUAGUUCGAGCAGGUCACUGUCUCAGAUCUGGGGUGUAGGUAGUUAAAAAGUCGAGCCAGGUCUUGUGCGGAGAGGAAUUUUGGAUGGAAAUAGAGAUGUGUUUAUACUUAUUACAGGGAGGAAAGCCAGGAGCCAUUUUAUUUGUUGUUUUGUAUAGUAGUAUCAUAUGCUCACGGCUUGUAAAUUAGCCAAUAUAAAUAACGACAAAUGUUUGUGAA